UCCUAUUCGUACUAGAUUUUUUCCUUCGCAUUUGUCACUUCCGGUUAAAAGUUUGUGAAUGUCGUCAACUAAAAACUACCCUGUUUUGCAUUUUAUUCCAACAGCGCAAUGUGCCAAAACUUGCAACUAUUGUGUGCAGUUAUAAGGAUAUACUUCUACUCGUUGUUUAGAAGAAUGUGUGGGCGGGGACCCCCCGCUGAGAAGCCAAACUUUACAAUUCUUUGUAUUGGCCUGUCAAAGUCUGGGAAGAGCACGCUCCUUUCAGUUCUUAGUGGAGAGAGCACAGAAAAUAUCCAGUCAACUGUUGGUUUCAGUAUAAAGGCCCUGAUGUUUGAUGAUUGUAUUGUUGAUGUAAAAGAACUUGGAGGGGGAGACCAUGUUCGGCCAUACUGGGACAAAUAUUUCGGGGGAGCUGAGGGUGUUGUAUUUGUAGUGGACAGCUCGGGUACUGAUGAAGACUUGCAGCUGACAAACAAUGAACUGCACAAGGCACUGGCUGACCCUGAACUGGAUAAUCUCCCCUUGAUGGUGUUGUGUAACUAUAGUGACAAAGAGGGAGCCAAGACAAAAGAAGAGAUGCAAAAGAUCUUGGAGCUGGAUUUAGAAUCUAAAAGCCGACACUGGGAAAUACAUUCCUGUACCACUGCAGAUAGAAAGAGUAUCAAAGUGGCCUUUGAGAGCUUUAACAAAAGGCUACUGGACAGCAGGAAAAAAGACGAGGGCUUCAGCAAGAUUUGAAAAGAUUUUUGUCAUCAUAGGAGAGUUGAUCUUGAUCUGAUUUAUAGUUAGGGGAAAUGAAAAUAUGAUAGCAGGACUCCAGAUAAAUUUGUGUCUUUAUGUACAAAUGUAUAUUGCCCCCCCCCCCCCCCCCCCCCCCCCCCCCCCCCAUAAUUUUUGUCGUUACCGUUAAUGGCAGCUUUUAUCUCUGUUCAUGUUAAGUGGAGAUCAUUAUUUUAUGUUGUGAAUUUUCCUUGGUGUGGAGGAAAUGUAGGAGUAUAUUUUGUUGCUUGUGAUCAUUGAAUGAUUUGUUGUGUGAUUUUUUUGGAAC